ACCUGCCUAGGGAAGCGGACUUGGGGCGGCUGCGGCAGGCAUAUCCCGUCGGUCAUUACCGGCGUACCUGAGGACCAAAGGUGCACCUGCAAGCCGCGCGUCGAGGUCGGCGGCAAAUACUACCCCCCUGCUGCCCCGUUACGGGUACCC